AUGAAGGAAACACCACUUCAAGAACUUGCCAAAGAUCUGAAAUUCUUGGUCAAUAAUCGAUUUUACAGUGAUUUGGAGAUUGUUUGUAAAGAUGGUGUAAUCCUUGUUGGUUCUAGAGCGAUAUUAGCAGCUCGAUCUAAGGUUCUCGAUGGAAUGCUUUACAACGGAAUGAAAGAAACGCAUGAAAAGCGUGUAAAAUUUCCUAAUUUCGACUCUAAAAUUUUUUUGUUAGUGUUAGAAUUCAUAUAUACAUCAUCUAUUACGAAUGAUUCCUUGACAAUUGAGGAUGCAAUGGAGAUUUAUCGUGCUGCCGAUUUCCUUCAACUGUCGGCUCUACAACAUAUUAUGAUUAAGUUCAUCAAAUGUUACGUUAACAAAAACAAACCUGUAACCCCAAAUUUAUUAACCAAUGCUGUUCGUUCCUCUGAUACUUUAGCAUAUGGUGUUCUCAUCAAUAUUUUAGUUGAGAGUAUCGCAAAAGUUCCUCUGGAUUCAAUUGCCUUUGAAAGUUUAUCAAUUCAUGCAUUAUACUGUUUACUCUCAGCUAGAUAUGACAGAAAAAUUCAAUUUUUAACACAAGAAUAUCAUGUAUUACGUUAUAUAAUACUUCACACCGCAAAUUUAAUCUCCAAAGAAGCUCAUGAAGUUUUCGAGUCAAAACUACUUGGAUUAGAAAACCUUAAAAAACCUGUGUCUAAAUCCAGAAACUGCGUUGAAACCAGUGAACUAGAUAAAUUUAGUCCGAUUAUUAGAAGGAACAUAAAUCCAUUGCUUAGAUUUAUAAAUUGGGAUCUUAUAGACAAUAAGAUUCUUAGAGAAAUCAUUCAACCAUUAGAAAUCGUACCCGAUGAAGUAUUGAGAGACGCAUACUCUUCCACUUCAAAUAAAAGAUUGAUGUUUAAAGAUAUGCAUGGGAUAACAUCAAACCCUUUUAAAUUUGAUAGUGCAGCUAGUGGAAAACAACUUAUCUUUAAUGAUGAUUAUUCAGAAGUUUCAGCUGUAGUAAUCAAACCUGAAAUGAUGAUAUAUCAAAGUGCGAGAAGUCAAUAUGUUAUCUCUAGUGGUGGAGAACAUGAAUGGGAUGUCAUAAUAGAAGAAAUUGGGGAUGCUUCAAAUUGUUACAUUGGAAUUUGUGAUGAAGAUUGUGAUUUCAACACUUUCGUGGGAAAUUCAGUAAAUGCUUGGGUACUUAACCGUCAAGGAAUUUGUUGGAAUAAUGGAAUUUUUCGCCGGUAUGGAAGUGAAUUUGACGUUGGAGACACAAUAACGGUGCAUCUUGAUAUGGACCAACGAACUUGCGCCUUCUCAGUUAACGGCAAAAGACAUCCACCAGUAAAUUGGAUUAAUAUUCCAUCGAAACUUUAUCCGAUGGUCUCAUUCAGGAACUCUGGACGUUUGCGAAUUCAAUCUCACUUGAGUUAA